UUUGCAGCACUAAGCUGGCGCAUUAUGCAAGCAUCGCUACCGUCCUCUCUGAGCAAGUGCCUUCACGAAGCGACAGGCCUUUUUACAGUUACAUGUUUCACGUUAGCUGUAAUGCACUCUGCCCCGGCUGAAUAUCAUCGGCAUUAUCAGUCCUUCGCCGUUUCGGACUCUCGCUGCGGUGUGCGCUGGAUACAGGCAAGCUUGCAGGGAGAGACAUGGCGCGUUUCCUUUUCAGGGGAGCUAGGCGCGGCUUCGAGUCUUCGUCAGGCGGAGGGGUAA